CGGACACCGAGAAGGACAAACAGGUCAACGCUGUCUGAGUUGCCCACGUAGCGAUCACCCAUUUUCCAACCUCCUGUUCUCUUGGCUCACUCCGCCACCCGUACCGUUACCCGGCUUCAUUUGCUGGUCUGGAGGGCUCCGGGCAGACGAUAUCUUCCGGGGGCAGCGUGUGAAGAAAGUAUCAAAGGGAAGGUCUUGGCCCGCGCAUUGGUGACCCCAAACGGAAUGGUUUACGCAGCUGCAGCACGCCCCCGUCCAAAUAGUGACACUGCCCAUUCCCUCAACCGUGCAAUCCGACAAUCCACGGGCUCGAAAGUACAGGUUCUGAUACCGUACUGGUUCGACCACAGCACAGAUGCGAUGGCAUUGCGUGGUCGCUACGGAAGAAAAAAAAAAAAGAGCAUGUGCUCGCAUGUUUCGCUGCCUUCAUGACGAGGACAUAAUUCAAAUCUUCUUCUGACCCCAGAGACGGUGUUUCAUUCUUCUACUGUUUUUCAUCGUGUUCCUCCAUAUCACUUGGAGCUUCCUUUACGAACAUCACCGGGCCGACACGCUUUACCAUGGCCAAUCUUUAUGCUCGUGCGGGAGCCUUGCGUUGUAAAGAGGUCAGCCCGUCGUGUCCGGUUGAAAACAGCAUCUAUGGCUACGCACCGAGCCUCGUGUGGAGUGCUCUCUUCCUUGGGAUCUUCGCCGUCUCUACCAUUGCCCACACCGUUCAGGGCAUCCGCUACAAGACGUGGAGCUUCAUGAUUGCCAUGACGAUCGGCGGUCUUUGUGAAGCCGUAGGCGAGAUUGGGAGACUCAUGAUGCACCGCAAUCCGUUCAGCGACGUGGGCUUCAAGAUUCAAAUCAUCCUUCUCACGUUCGCGCCUGCUUUCCUCGCCGCAGGUAUAUACCUUCAGCUGAAGCACCUUGUCUUGACCUUUGGCGCCGAAUGGUCUGUCUUAAGGCCAAGCCUAUACACGUGGAUCUUCAUCAUCUGCGACAUCUUCUCGAUAGCACUUCAAGGUGCUGGUGGGGGAAUCGCGGCCACCGUGCAAGUGACCAACAGUCUCUUCAAUGUCGGCAACAACAUCACCAUCGCCGGUCUCGCCUUUCAAGUGUUCACCCUCCUAGUCUUCGGUAUGCUAGCCCUUGAGUACCUCUUUCGAACCGUGAAGACCCACAAGCACGAGCUCAACCCGGCCACGUCGACGCUCCGGCGCACCCUGAAAUUCAAGCUUUUCCUUUGCGCUAUCAUACUUGCGUACACAACGAUCCUCAUCCGUUGCGUGUAUCGCGUCGCAGAGCUGGCUGGUGGAUGGAGCCGAAAGAACCAAAUCUUGCGUGACGAGACGCUGUUUCUUGCUCUAGACUCAUUCAUGGUUUCGAUCGCCAUCGUCGGCUUCAAUCUGUUCCACCCAGGAGCAUGUUUCGACUUUAAGAAGCUGGGAGGCGCGGCUCAAGAGAAGCGUGACACUACUCCCUCGGAGGAACAAAUGAGUUCCCAGACUCAAUGAUAUACUUUAAAGUCGUUCCUUUUAUUUACUUUUCUUUUCCUUUCUUUGAUUCCGCUGCAAAAGAGAAGAAAACGCAUCCUGAAUUCCUCCAUGGCAGCAUCGUUGCUGGUUAUUUAGAGAGAAUCUUGGUUCUGCUAUGCGAUGCCGCUUGUCUUCUCUAGCCCCAAAAGCUUUUCAAAACGGAAGCGGCAAUAUCCACUUGCAAAAAUUUUAUGUGAACAUAGCCUGUGCGAAGCAUCAUCGAAUACAGUUUGUUCCGUGAACGAAACAAGAGUCAUGACAAAGA